CUUUCCUAUGUCAGAGAAAUCAUCUCUUUCUCUCACUCUGAUCAGUAUUCUCUCUUCACUCACUCAAUGUUGAAUCACAGAAUGGAUGGUGUGGAGGAUCAAGAAGCACUAUUUCAUACCUACCCUUGUGCAUACUACGUCCAAAGUCCUUCCACUCUCUCUCACACCAACAGUGCUGAUGUUCGAAACAACAACGAAUCCACAUUCCACUCUCCAGUCCGCUCUGAAACCUUCCUCGCCAACACAGCGAACCCCAACCACGAAGCCUCACGAUUCACUCUUUCCCGCUACUCUUCCUCUCGUGGAUCGAACAACUCGUUUCUGCAUGAAAAGAAGGUUGCUUAUGACGCUCGAAGCCAGGGGACAGGUACCGAGAAUGGUGAGAACCGUUUGAUCAUUGUUGAUGGUGGAGUACUUGGCGACAAUGACGAUGAAGAGGAUGAGGAUGGUGAGAAAGAAUACUAUCAAAGAAGAAGAGGGCGUUGGAGAAGGUACUGUACUUAUCGUAAUUCUGAUCCAUGUGUGUGGAUUUGUUUACAAAUAAGUUGGAGGGCAAUGGUCAGCUUCGGAGUUGCGCUGCUAGUCUUUUACCUUGUUACAAAGCCCCCACCACCCGAGCUCUCUGUUAAGAUAACGGGCGUUGGGCAAUUUGUAUUGGGGGAAGGAGUGGAUGCCUCGGGUGUUGUAACAAAGAUCCUCACCUGCAAUUGCUCGGUGGACUUGGUGACGGAGAACAAGUCCAAGCUCUUCGGCCUUCACAUUCACCCUCCAAUAAUCGAUAUGUUAUUUGGUCGCCUCCCUUUCGCCAUGUCAUAUGGUCCAAAGCUAUAUGCUGAGAGUGGCACAACAGUGUACCACUUAACUGUGGGGACAAUGAAUAAGCCGUUGUAUGGAGCGGGAAGAAGUAUGCAGGACAUGCUUGAGUCUGGAAUGGGACUGCCACUUGUUAUUCGAAUGAGGUUGAGUUCAAAUUUCCGAGUAGUGUGGAAGCUUGUGACGCCUAAAUUUCAUCAUCAAGUUGAAUGUCUGUUAGUCCUUAGAAGCGCAUAUGAUAAGAAACAUCGAACCCAAGCAUUUAAUAGCACCUGCGCAGUUACUUCUUAAUUAGAACCAAAACACAUGGAACAGCUAGCUGCGCGCAUCAAGUAUAUUACAUAUAUAUAAUUCAGUACUGCGUCAUGUUUUGCUGCAUAUAAUAUAUAUGCCAAUGUUUGGCAAAUACAAGUAUAUAAGAUCAUGAUAUAUAAAUGUUCAAACAUACAGAAAGAUAUUAGACUAUAUAUAUUAUAUAUAUGAGAAAUGAUAAUUACAGUAAUUGAGUGUG